UUUGGAAGUUGGUGGUCACGUGAGCUGCCGUCGUCAUUGGGAGAGCGAGUCCAGACAUGGCGGCGGAGCCUGCGUUCAAGGUGAUAUUUGAACACGAGGGAGUCUUCCUCCAUCCCAGCAGCGAUGAGGAGAUCGAGCCAGACUUCCUGGUUUCAGGAACCCUCCGGAUCCUCGACAAGGACGCUGAGAUCGUGGUAGAGUACAGACCUCUGGAGGACGCCGUCGACCCCUCAAACAUGCUCUGUGCUGGGAAGGACUCGAGCUCGGUGGUGGAGUGGGCUCAGUGUCCGGGGGACCGUCCACAGUCUCAGCAGCUGUUGGAGGCUCAGCUGAGCUACGAGACAGAUGGACAUGGUGAACGCCGUGUCGUUCAGGAAGAGGCGGAGCUCCAACAUGGAGGGUUCUCUCAACAGCAGCCACGAGAGGAGCCGCUGGGCCUUCGCCUUCAGUGUCAGUGACCUCCGCUCCGUCACGGUGAGAGGAGGCUGGACCUUCAUCAUCCUGCAGCUGAAGGACUCCUCCACCCCGCUGCCACAUCUGCACUUCCACCAGGGUGGCAGCAGAGCGUUCCUGGACAGCCUGAGGAGGUUCGCUCUGCUCACAGAGUCUCCCAGCGACCACACGUGCCUGCUGGUCAGCACGCCAAACAAAGCUCUGUCGCAGUCUUUCGAGAACCUUCUGGACGACAACAACUUCGGCCUGGUUCACAAGUUGAAGCGGGACCCGUACGUCACCACGCUCGGCGGCUUCUCCAAAGUCACAAACUACUUAUUCGAUGCGCUGCGGGGGACGGAGGAGCAGCAACAGCGCCCCCCAGAGGAGGUGGCCGACCUGCUGGGCGAGGUCAUCCCGGGGCUGGAGAUCAACCAGCAGGAGGAGCCGGGCUUCGAGGUCAUCACCAGGAUCGACCUGGGCACGAGGCCCGAGGUGAGCAGGAAGUCGCCGCUGACUGCGGACGACUGGGCGCGACACCAGGACGCAGACGGGAGGAUGAAGAACGUCCCAGACCUGAAACACGCCGUCUUCAAGGGGGGUCUGUGCCACGCCCUCAGGAAGGAGGCCUGGAAGUUCCUGCUGGGGUAUUAUCCCUGGGAGAGCACGCACGAGGAGAGGAAGACCCUGCAGAGAGAGAAAACUGAUGAAUACUUCAGGAUGAAGCUGCAGUGGAAAUCUGUGAGUGAGGAGCAGGAGAGGAGGAACUCCAGACUGAGGGACUACCGGAGUCUGAUCGAGAAGGACGUGAACCGAACAGACCGAACGAACCGCUUCUACGAGGGCAUCGACAACCCGGGCCUGGUCCUGCUGCACGACAUCCUCAUGACCUACUGCAUGUACGACUUCGACCUGGGUUACGUUCAGGGCAUGAGCGACCUGCUGUCGCCCAUCCUCUACGUCAUGGAAAACGAGGUCGAGGCUUUCUGGUGCUUCGUGGCCUUCAUGGACCAGAUGCACGAGAACUUUGAGGAGCAGAUGCAGGGCAUGAAGACUCAGCUGAUCCAGCUCAGCUCGCUGCUCAGGCUGCUCGACCUCGCCUUCUGGAACUACCUCGAGUCUCAGGAUUCAGGAUACCUGUACUUCUGCUUCCGCUGGCUGCUCAUCAGGUUCAAGAGGGAGCUGAGCUUCGUGGACGUGCUGCGGCUCUGGGAGGUGAUGUGGACCGGGCUGCCCUGCGAGAACUUUCACCUGCUGGUGUGCUGCGCCAUCCUGGACUCAGAGAAGCAGAAGAUCAUGGAGGAGAACUACGGCUUCAACGAGAUCCUGAAGCACAUCAACGAGCUCUCCAUGAAGCUGGACAUCGAGGAGAUCCUGCAGAAAGCUGAGGGCAUCUGUCUGCAGAUCAGGAGCUGCAAGGACCUCCCUCGCCCCGUCGCCACCAUCUUGGGCUUUGAUGUCGAGUCUCGCCGUGCAGGCUCGACCGAUUGCGGCUCGGCGGCGACUUCCGGAGCGGCUCGGCGGGAGGUUGGCGUCUCCAACGGACACUCGAGAGAAAGCAGCUGCGAGCAGAGUGGCAGAGGGGCCUUCGUAUCGUAGUGAAGAGUGGAGAUGGACUGUGUGUGGGCGGGGUGAAUCUGUGGCCCCGCCUCACUGGAGGAGGGGGCGUGUGUAAAGAGAUUAUUGAGAAUCUUAUUUUUGUAAUUUCUUGUAUCGUGCGGCUCUAAUCAGGCUCCGCUCUGAUCUGAAACCUCAUUCAUCCUGAUGAACAGGAGGCGGAGCCAACCAGUGACUGAGCAAUCAUUCACCUGUUGGCUCCGCCUCCUGAGUGUUACGGAUAUGUUAAAGAUAGGGGUUAGGGUGGAGCAGCUGUCUGGCUGUAGUUUGAAUGAAUGAGGCUUCAGAUCCAGGAAGUUCCGCCCACAAGAGCCCUGAUUGGCCAUGCAGUGACAGAGGGAGGAGCUCUUUCUGUUGGAUGAUGGCGCUCGCAUUAUUCGCCGACAGGAGGUGCCUGUGUUCCUUUUCCUGUUGGCACUCUGACGUUUUUCUCUGUACUGAGAUCAGAUUAAAGACUCCACGUCAUCAGCUUCUGUCACCAUGACGACAGCGAACAAACCAAAGAAAUAAAGUUUGUUUCCUGCAG